UCUAUUCCUAAAAUAUACUCGUUGCAGGAGAAACUAGAGAGAGACACACAGACAGACAGAGAGUAGAGAGAGAAAAUGGCGAUCUUUUCUAUGGGUUCAACCAACAAUUCCAUGGAUUCGAGCUCAUUAACGUUGUCAGAGAAACUAUGCGUGGCGUUUUUGCCGGUUAUUGCGAUCAUCGAAGCGUUGGUUUUCGCAGUCUCGGGCUGUUUCGGAGGCAAACACUUUCUAACCCAGAAUAAGAAUCAACGGAUUCAGUGCCCUCUCAAGGAUAUUUCUCGACUAGCCAAUGAAUCUAGAUUUUCUUUGAAUGAAGUGGAAGCAUUAUAUGAGUUGUAUAAGAAGCUGAGUUGUUCAAUCAUAGAUGAUGGUUUGAUUCAUAAGGAAGAGCUUCAGCUAGCACUAUUCCAUACACCAUAUGGUGAGAACCUGUUUCUGGACCGGGUAUUCGACCUCUUUGAUGAGAAGAGGAAUGGUAUUGUUGAUUUCGAGGAAUUCAUCCACGCGCUCAAUGUGUUCCAUCCCAAUGCCCCAAUUGAAGAGAAAAUUGAUUUUGCCUUUCGGCUUUAUGAUCUGAGGCAAACAGGCUUCAUUGAGCGUGAAGAGGUUAAGCAGAUGGUGAUCGCGAUUCUAAUGGAAUCUGACAUGAAACUAUCCGAUGAUCUUCUCGAGGAGAUUAUUGACAAGACGUUUGCAGAUGUUGAUGCUGAUAGGGAUGGUAAAAUUAAUAAAGAGGAUUGGAAGGGCUUUGUGAUUCGUCAUCCUUCGAUCUUGAAGAACAUGACUCUUCCUUAUCUCAAGAACAUCACCACCGUGUUCCCAAGCUUCGUUUUCAACACUCAGGCCGAAGAAUGAACCUCACAUGUCAAUCAUCAAAUCGAUUAUCUAUGUAUUUGUGCCACGCUUUUCUUGUUUGUGCCCAGAAUCACUUCCUGCAUAAUCGCUGCGGAAAAUGCUGACCCGAACCCCCUCCAUGAAGGUCACAGCUGCUGCAGCAUCAUUUUUGGCUUUCUUGUACAGAAUUGGUGAGUGGACAUUCCCUGGGGCACAACACACUGCUAACAAAAAGCACAAGGCUGAAAGCAUUAAGCAUAUGGCUUGUCAAGCUUCCAUUUUUGUUGAUGAUGAUUUCCAUAUAUAUAUAUAUAUGGGAUUAAAUGAGUACCCUUUUAUGAGAGCUGUGAACCUAUUGUGCACCUAGCUUGUAAUGCCUGAAAACACAUUUCUGUAAUUAUUUAUGUAAUUACAUAUUUCUGUAAUUAUGAUUGUGCAACUUGUAAUACCUGAUUGUACAUUUGU